GAAUGUAAAGAAAUGCUACAAGGUCGAACUAUGUGCUGGGAUUUACCUAGUUUAUUAAUUAAACCAGUUCAAAGAAUACUUAAAUAUCCUUUAUUUUUAAAUGAAAUUCUCAAGUUAACUUCAGAGAAACAUCCAAAUUAUAAUCAACUCUUUAUUGUAACAAAUGAAAUACAACAAGUAGCUGACCAUAUUAAUGAAAUCAAACGUAGAAAAGAUCUAGUAGAACAAGUUAUCUUUUAUAUACAUAGACAAGGCUUUAAUAAACGAAUUUCAAGAAGAGUUCAUCGUCAUAAAAAAGAAUUCUCUACAACAACCCAAGAUAUAUUGUUUGAUGACCUUUAUCGUCAAUUUAUAUCAAGACAGACAAUAGCAAGACAAUUCGAAAGUCAUGUUCAAGCUUGGGUUACAACGACAAAGGAACAUGCACAAGCAUUAUCUAAACUAAUCAAUAGACUCGAUACUAUUUUACAUGAUAAUAACAUGCUAAAUGAUGAUAAAAAGACAGCUUUUAAAAUUUUAGUAUGUCAUUUUGAAUUCUAUUCAAUGGAAAGUAAAUUACAAAGAUUAGUCUAUGAUAGAAUCACAUCCUAUUUAAAGCUCUUUAAUAACCCGCUUCAGGUGAUUCAGAAGAGAAAUAGAAAAUAUAUUGAUUAUGACCGUAUCAUGAUGGCCAAUAAGAAGACUAAAAAUCAUCAACGUUAUACUAUGGAUCACCCUUUACAGAUAUCAGCUGAAGCAUAUCUUUCACUGAAUGCGCAUCUAUUAGAUGAAUUACCCCUCUUUUUGGCACUUUCAACAAAAUAUUUCGAAAUGAUUGUAGAUGAAUUUAGACGUAUCCAAAUCGGUUAUUGGCAACACUGUCAACAAUUAUGGAAAAAGAUCUUGUUAUCCUUCACAUACAGUCGACAGUUAUUAACUACUGAUCAUCAUCACUUCUUGGUCUAUUCUAACUGGAAAUCGAUUGAAAAUGAAUAUUUUAUGACUUUUCAAGAACAAUUAAAUAAGAAUAAAAUCAUAUCCAAGCCACUGUUUCAAGGUAAUUUAUUAUUAUUAUUAUUGUAAUUAAAAAGGGUAAUUAAAAAGUAGGCUAUAUAAUAGAGAAUCAACAACAAAAUAGAACUAUGACCGCAGCAAACCAAAAACCAAGUAUUCCUCAACAGUCAGCAACAACAACAGCAACAACAAAUCACAGCGAAAGUACUAUUUUGUUAGAUGAAGAAUUUGAUUUAAUGGAUUUAUUACUUUUACCGAAUUUUAUUGUUGAGUG